AUGGGAUACUACGCUUCAGGCUUACUCGUCUCUUCGACAUCCCUUGCCACCGUCAUCGGUCUCUACCUUCUCUUUACAGGUCAAGGAGAAUCAUUUAACCCUGGUAAAUUCCUCGCAGAAUCUAGUCCUUAUGCAUGGGCUUUGACGGGUAUCGGACUUUGUAUCGGUUUGAGUGUAUCGGGUGCUGCUUGGGGUAUCUUCGUUACUGGUGCUUCUAUUCUAGGGGGAGGUGUGAGAGCACCAAGAAUCAGAACGAAAAACUUGAUCUCUAUCAUCUUCUGUGAAGUUGUCGCUAUCUACGGUGUCAUCAUUGCUAUCAUUUAUUCUUCGAGAAUCAACGGCGAUGUGGAGAACAUGUACACUACUAACAAUUAUUACACCGGUUUCGCUCUGUUCUGGGGAGGUCUGACUGUUGGCCUCUGCAACCUGCUUUGUGGUGUUUCAGUCGGUGUCACCGGUUCCACCGCUGCACUUGCAGAUGCUGCUGAUCCUCAGCUCUUCGUCAAAAUUCUCAUCGUUGAGAUCUUCGGAUCUGUGCUUGGUCUCUUCGGUCUUAUUGUCGGUCUGCUCAUUUCCGGUAAAGCUGAAGACUUUGCAUAA